ACAGGCGCGUACUAUCCGACGCGACGGCUUUCGGCUGGUUUUAAGGGCAGGCCCUGCUUUCUGUAGUGUUGAGACAGUUGCCACUCGCUUGCCAGCCUCUUCUCCAGCGCGAGGACCACACAUACACACUCACACUCCUUCAUCACCAGAUCUGCAGCUGAAGAGACAAUGGUGCGCGCUUCGACUCCCAGGCACCUCGUACUGAUGGUGGUAGCUCUAACGGCGCUUUGCGUCGCCCUGCCGCAAUCCGUAAUGGCCAUCGACUUAAGUCGACUUUAUGGUCAUCUUAACGCCAAGAGGAAUGGCGACGCGUGUCACCCUUACGAGCCAUUCAGAUGUCCUGGCGACGGGAUCUGCAUUUCCAUUCAGUACCUGUGCGAUGGCGCGCCAGACUGCCCCGACGGCUAUGACGAAGACUCUCGACUCUGCACAGCGGCGAAACGUCCACCUGUAGAAGAGACGGCAAGUUUCCUGCAGUCCCUCCUGGCAAGCCACGGACCCAACUACUUGGAAAAACUUUUCGGCAGUAAGGCUAGAGACGCACUGGAGCCGCUCGGAGGGGUUGAGAAGGUGGCCAUAGCGCUCUCAGAAUCUCAGACCAUCGAAGACUUUGGAGCGGCACUGCAUUUGAUGCGUUCCGAUUUGGAACAUUUGCGUUCCGUCUUCAUGGCAGUAGAAAACGGAGACCUGGGGAUGCUCAAGAGUCUAGGCAUCAAGGACUCCGAACUGGGUGACGUCAAAUUCUUCCUUGAGAAACUGGUGAACACCGGCUUCCUGGACUGAACCCCCUUGCCCUUCACUCUUCCUGUUCGGAAAGAAACGCAACGUCAUUACUUCACUUCCUUCCUUGCUCCGUUACAUGUCCACUCCUCUUUGUUUCAUAAGCCUGAAUUGACUUCUGUAGCCAGUCUGAUAUCUCUCUGUCGUCUAGCUGUCCACCGACUUCAGUAUUCAUGGAUAAGACAUAUUAAUGUCAAUUAAUGCAGUAAGACAUAUCAUUAACAAUACAGUUCUAAACACAACCCAUUAUAUAUAUCAGACAUGCCUAUCAAAUUAUUUGCGUAUUGCUGCAUUUCAUGGAUUUAACUUUGUUUUAUUUGUUUUUUACUCUAAAAAUAAGUUAAAUGGGUGGAAGUAGCAAUAUUACUUCCCUAUUAAUUCCUACAGAUUUUGUUAAGUUGUAUUUUGCCAGUCACUACAGAAUUAGGAUCAUUUGUAUUAAAGUUAUGGAAAAUGUCGCUGGAUCAGAAAAUAAUGUUAACUCAAAAUUUUAUUUUACAACUCUGUAGUUUUGUUAUUUGACUGAUAGUUUGCUUUCAUGAUAAUGAUCGUUUCCACGGACUAGUGAUUGCGUGCUUUGUUUCCUGUCCGACCGUGAUCACUACACUACUGUCAUCGAUCUUACAACUUUUCGCGGGAUCGUAAAUAAACAACUUUUCUACAUUCUCUCUGUCUCAAAAGAAAUUUUUCUCCAAAUCAACCCUUUCAGAUGCUGUGGAAUGCAUUUCCUUACACUAACUUCAUUAUUAGUACCCUUCUAGAGAUUCAGUUUUGCUGCGCACAGUAGAGAAUCAGUCUGUUUGUUUAUAAAACAAAUUCACUUGACUAAAAUUGUACACAAGUGAAAUAAAUAACAACACUUUCUACUUGAACAGAUGAUGUGGGCUAGACGGUUGUGUGUGGCCAACAUACCUAUGUGCCCCCCUACACCAUUUCCUUCAUGUAUCACAGAGAUGAUUUUAAGUCCUCUUUAUCAGCAACCGACCAACAAAUAUGAAGAAAAACAUAUUUCAAGUUCAAAUAAUGUAACUAAUCAAUGUUAAUUAAUGUAACAGAAUUCAUAUAAUUUAUGUAUUAAUCAACAACCAACUCAUCACUUGUCAGUCUUUUAACGUAUUCAGAUGUGUGUUUAAGUAGGUUGUAGGAAUACAGCUAUCAGAUGAACACAUAAAGAAGUCAUUAUCUCUUUAAUGGUCUUAAUUUAAUAAGAACUUACAUUUAAGGUAUUCAGUUUGUGGUACAGGAUUUUAAUAUUUGAUAGAAUAUAUUGAAAACAGUAUGUGUAUUUGUAACACAGACUUAUUGCCUGAUAAUCUAUCUAUACCAUGCCGACGGUUGAGUGUGUUAGAACGAGAAUAACACAAAUAAAAUAAUAAUCCAAUAUCUUAUUUCCAUAUUUUCGGAGAAUAUUCACUAAAUAAUAAAUGAUGUAAGCUUUAAGUGCAUACAUUGGAAGCCCGUUACUGUGCUUUUCAUAUGCAAUUGAAAUUUCCUCUUUCCAUAACUGAGCAUCCUAGAGGCAUUUUCAUAUGGCUGAAGAAAAACAGAAAGUCCAUAUCUCUUGGCUCGUCUGUAUUAUUUUCGCUUUCUAAAUAAUACUUUAUAAUUUUAAAAAUGUGUAUGAGUGAGCAUUGUUUCUGCUUUCGCAGAAGAGAUACCUCCUCCUCACAGUGGCUGGCCGAGCAUUCAGACAAAAACAUUCUUCUUACUCAUGAAAGCCCAAUAGGUAAGAGAUAAAUCAAGCAUCCAGCUCCUUCUUCAAGAUACCACUUACCUACUGAAGGUCUUUACAGAAAUCAACUCAAAUAUAAUGUCGGCACGGUAGCACAUUUGUAGAUGGUUUAGGCCUAGGAACGUGAAAUACGUAUCACUGAUAAUCGUUUCUAGGAAAGUUUAGAAUUAAUUUAUAGUCAUAGUAAAAUUAUAUAAUUAGGCGCAAUCUUGUAAUUUACAAAUCAAAUACGUCGCUUAUAAUUUUCGUCUUUUCUCCGGUGUAUUUUCGUAACAUUUCUAAGAUAUUGUGUAAUAUCUGUAUAGUCGACAUAGAUAUCUAUUGGAGUUCAUGUACCUUUUGCAGUAGAUAUUACUUACGAAGAGAAUUUAACGCAACGUUGUGUGAUAUGUAGUGGGCAAGACAUGUGGGUUUAUAAUGAUGUAAGUUAUGAGCUCUUAUCAGCACCAGUACAAUAUUACAUUAAUUCAAGUUUUGUGACUCCAUCAUUAAACAAUUACAAUAUUGUGAUCGCAUGGUAAUCUUUCCUCCACAGUGACGAGAACAAAUUCAUUUCAUGAAACAAAACUACCAUCACUAUACACAAACAUGGAAUAAUUUACGAAACUUCUUGCUUACGCGCCAAUUACAUGAUCGGGAAAACAGGCCUAAAAUGAGCGGAUGACUGUGAAGUAGAUGGAGAUUAUUAGAAAAAAUUCCUUAAUCUCUGUUUUCUUUUAUAAACAAACAUAUGCGUGUAUCGAAGAAGAGAGUGACAUCUUUUUAAUGAUAACACCACUUCGCGAUAAAUAUAUAAAUUGAAUUGAUAUAUAAAAAUUAAUAAUAUAAUUAAUAUAUUUGUUGUUGUAUAAUAUAUACGUAUAUAUAUUAUUUAAAAGAAGUGUUGGAAGGGAACUGUUCCCACGUAAUUUAUAAGUAUUAAAAUGAGGGAAACCUGUGCUUUUGCUAAUUACAAUUCUUUGUGGGCUGGUGUGAUGUCAAUAAAUGUGCAAAAUACAUAGUUUCCUUAAUAUUUUCAUCAGUCUUUGUGAAGGAUGCGCAGAAGUUAAAAGAAGGUGAUGGAAGGAAACCUAGUCAGACGCUGUUAUUUGCUCUGAAACUUUCUCACUUUCAACUAAUGACGUGUCAUGCUAACAAGUAAUAGGACGUAUAAAUGUUGUAUGAAACAUAGAAAAGAAGACUAUUUAGGCUUUAUAAAUUAACUUUUGUGGGACUGUAAACAUUGUAUUACUCUCUAAAACUUGAACCGAGAGAAUUCAUUGCCCGUGUAACAAUUAACACAACCACGAAAGUAAAUGUUACUAAGAAAAAGUUACAACGGGGUUUAUACUGAGCUGAAACCUUUAUGAAUUCAAAUUGUUCUCGUAUUUCUCAAUUAAAUUAGGGGCUAUAAGUAGGCUAACAUGACAAGACAUGUAUGAACCAGUAACUGAAUUAAAUUUGAGCCUCUUAAAAAGUUUAGGCUCUCCGAGCAAAAUUUAAGUUAUAAAAGUGAUUAUAAUUUUGUGGUAGUAAUAUCUUAUUACAGUACUAUUAUCCUAUUGAAUUAGCAAGUGUAUUCUAUACUUCAGGCGGACUACGAAAGAAACUGUGAUAUAUAUUCAUAAUAUUGUUCUAAUUAUAGAGAGUAUUUUUUGUAGUAACGGACUGUAUGGUUUCGAUUAUUGUAUAAGGUCUCAAAAUUAUAUUAUCAGUUGACGUAAUUACUGAUAGCAAAUGCGACUAAUUUAAUGUAUCUUUUGUAGGUACUUAAUUUUUUGGAGUAAUACAAGGCCCAUAUCUGCAGCUAGUUGUUAUUUUCAUAUUUAAGCGCCAUUAAUACAACAUAAAGUUUCAAAAUAUAGUCCAGACAUAAUUUUCAGUGAAUUGGUUGAAACAAAUGAACUUAUUUGCCUAUAAAUGUGUUUGUUAUAAAAUAAAAAUGACGUCCAAAUAAUACAUAUCAACAGUGCGGCCUGCAUUUUGUACCACAUAAUUGAAACCAUAGAGAGAACCCUUCAAUAUUAAUUUAAUAUUUAUCUUACUGUAUCACGAUUUCACUGUUUCGCAUUUAAAGACUUGGGAGAUAUCGUUAGUAUGUGGACUUUAAAUUACCAAGUAAAGAGAACAUCGGUUCAUGAAAAGUAAAGAUAUUAUUUCCUGUUUUCUGCAGAUCUGUUACAAAAUACUGUUUUAGAUAAAGUUCAGAAGAACAAAACGGCUAAGUGAAAUGAAGAAAUUGGCACAGAGUUAUGAUUUCCAAUGAGAGAAAAAUGAUAUGGCCAUACACCUGGACGCAUAACAUGUGGCAAUUACUUUUCCCCUUCAUGAGAUCUGUACAUACACAAGUCUCAAUGUUUUUAGAAUAUAUAUAUAUACACACAUUAUAGUAAUUAUAUCUCUUGUCUUUGUCGUUUUAACUAACAUACUGUAUCUAGUUUGUGUGUGAAGUUUUGUAGAUGAAGAAGCGCGCGAAUCCUAAACAAAACUAAAACACACUACACACAUAAUAAAGAAUACCAUUAUGAAGGUCUUUCAUAUUGUAACCGUGGCUGGAUGUGUGUACAUAUCAAAUUUAUGACUAUUAAUUAUUACAUUAGAGAUAAGACCUACUGGCGAAAUUAUUUUCAAUCGCCAUUAUACAUAAGUUAGAAUAUAUACAUGUGUAUGCAACGUUUCCACAACUCCCCAACACUCUAACCUUUUACUAUACUUCUCAGAUUUGCUCGUGUAAUUUGAAUAUGAGGCAAAUCUAAGAAAUACAAACAAAUAUUUAUGUACUAGUCAGAGGUGGUUCAGACGAUAGACAAUGACGGACGUCACGCUGAUGGUAUUAUUAUUCUUAUGACAUCUAGAUAACGACCUGACACGAAUUAUAUAUAAUACACGAACAUCAUAAAACGCAAUCACCAUCACGUGGAUUUAUGUAUAUUUUAUGUUAAGAUUCUCGUUCUUGACUUGUCUGUUGUCUGAUACUUUUGUUUUAGCUAAAAUAAAUGUCCCCAAGAAGCACCGUAUUCAUGUCUCCCUUUCCUGCCCAUCCAUCCCUUAAAACAUGUCCUUGGUGAGAGCUUUUUCCUUUCAGGAAACAACCUCCUUUCCUUGUCCGCCCCAUAUUCACGUAUAUACAGAUUCAAAGGUAUAACCGAGGUGAUGUUAAAACAAUUUAAGCCUCGCCUUCACAGCGUUAGACUGUGACAAAGGAGAGAUGACAGAUAUAUUGCCUCAAUUUUGUUUAGUUGUGAACAUUAUAAUUAUAUGAUAAAUAUAUAUUUUUGACGAAAUGUGCUAGUUGCUAUUCAUGUACUUUUUUUUUUUGCUUUCUAUUUCUGUAUAAAUACAUUAUAUCGACAGAUUUGAAAUAUUUCCUACCUAAAAUACUUGAUUGUUUAUGGGUUACUUAUCAGAUAAAUCAUUAUGUACAAGGUAUUUGUUGUACUCCAUUACAACCUACUUAGUACACACGAUUAAAAAACAACCAUACUAGAAAUGUAUUCGGGAAAAUCAAAGAGGAAAGAAAAAAUAUAUUAUACACACGCAACUAUUGAAAUUCCAAAAUAAAUUAUUCCUGAAAACCAACAAAACUAGAUAUUUUACAUCCAUGUUAUAAAAAUAACAAAUUUGUCAUGUUUUAUUUCUGGAAUUAUAUUUAAGUCCUCAAAAAUAAAGAACUUACAUUUUUAGCAAACUUA